AUGAACAAAUACAACUACAAAUACUCGUCGGGCAAGAUAUACGGAUGUCGCAGACAGCAACAGCAGCAUCUACAACAGCAAUUACAACAGCAACUACAACAGCAGCAGCAGCAGCAACUACAACAGCAACAGCAACAAUCAACAAGCAACAGCAACAUCAACAGCAACAGGAACAACAAUAGCAUAAUCAACAGCAACAGCAACAUCACCAGCAACAGCAGCAGCAGCAACACCGACAUGGAGCAACAUAGCAACAAUAUGAUUCGAGCUAAGCCGCCGCCUUCCAUAUAGAAAAGCUCGAGAAAAGGGUCAGCUCAGUACCGUUAAGCAGUGUAACAAUGCAACACAAUAAUAUAUAUAUAUAUAUAUAUAUAUAUAUAUGGGGCAAAUACGGGCGAAACAUCUCGAAUCUCGAACACACGUUUUAAGCAGAAGUGUUGUCAUCGUACAACAGCAACAACCAACAACAAAAUGCAACAAUACUAUUUUUGAUCUCUAAUUUAAUAGCAACAACAAAAACAAAACAAAAAAAUGAUUAGCGCUACUGAAAAAAAAAAGAAAAAAUAUUAACAAACAAAUCUAUAACAAGAAACAAACAACUUUACUUAGUGUAAAAACAAAAACAAAUGAAUGGAAAAGAAAGGAAGAAAUCUUCGCAUAUUUUUCAACACGUUUAACAAAAAAAUGCUCUUGUUUAAUUGUUUAUUUUUUUUUUUUUAGUUAUGUUCUUGUUAAAAUUGUCAUUACGACACGAAACACUAAAUCACAAACAUACAACACACACACACACACACACACAGAACAAACAACAACACUCCCACAACAAACACACACACACACACACACAUAACACAACACAACACGACACAACACAACACAACACACACAACUACAUGUUACUUAUUAUCUAUUAAUAGGCAUAUAUAUUGUUAUAUGGACCGAUUAGCUUUUUUGUGCAAAACCCCUUCCAAAAUCUUUUUUCGAUAAAAACCAAAAACAAACACGCAUAUAUUUUACAUGCUAUACAUACAUAUAUAUAUAUAUAUACAUAUAUAUAUAACUCAUAUAUAAUUAUGUAUGUAUAUAUAUAUAUGUGUAUAUAUUCAUUUACAUGUAUGCGGAAACGUGCCCUUUUUGUGCACAUUUUCAAAGUGGACAGGAAAAACCAGGCAAUAAUGAACAACAUCUAAAAUUGUGUACAACUAACAGAUAUUUUAAAUUUUAACGUAAAAAUAAAAAACAAAAGUGUUUAGGUUUUUCCUUACUGCUGCUUAUAUAAGGUGAUAUUUAUUUAUAUACGUAUGUGUAUGAAUAUAAAAAAAACAAUAUAUUUAAAACAAAAAUAUCUUAAACAGACAUAUGUAAACUCCUAUGACUAUAUGACUUUGCCAUAUAUACAUACAUAUGUAUAUACAAAAAAAAUAACACAUAUAUGCUGAUUUUUGUCGCUGUGUAUAUGCGUCUAUGUGGAUAUGUACAUAUAUAUAUUUAUAUCAAACAAAAACAAAAGCGCAUUGUGCGGCGUGUGUGGGUGCGUGUGUGUGUUUGUUAUGGUGUGCUUGUGUUUGCGUGUGUGUGUGUUUGUGUUGCGUGUGUGUAUGUGUGCUAUAUGUUCUCAUUGUCGCGUUUGUGAGUGUGUGUUAGUAAUAAUAACAAAAAUUUACAUAAAAACUAAAUGUAAGCUGACAAACCAAACGAAAAAGCUAACAAUAACAAACAAACAACAAAAGCAACAAACUUGCAAUGCAUUAGGCCAACCAACUAAGUAAACAAAAUGAUAAAUAAAUCAAUACUAAUACUGAAAUGGAUGAAAGUAGGAGAGGAAAAAAAGAAAAACCAUGAAAAAAACCAAAACACAAACAAAAUAAAAUAAUUGUUAAGUUCUAUAUAUAUAUUUACAAUGUUAAAACGAUAUUCCUCUUGCUUAUAUACAUACAAAAACAAACAUAUACAUACGUGCGCAUAUGCCCACAUACAUAUACAUAUACAUAUACUAUAUAUAAUAUAUUAUACACAUAUGUAUGUAUAUUAAUAUGUAUAGACUCUAUAGCACAUAUUUGGGGCAUGUGCCAUUUCUUUCCCGUUGUAAUACAAUAUAUAAGGCUGGUUUACUCCCAAGACAUUAUUAUUUUUAAAAAACAAAAACAUAACAUACUAUUAUUAUUAUAAUUAUUAUUAUGAUUAGUUAUGUGAAUAUUAUGACUUUGUUGUUCUUUAUUCUUUACGAUCGAUUACAAAUAAUUUUUGUGAAUUUUUUAUUAUGUAAAAAUGGCAAUUUAUUUUUGACUAUGUUCUAAGUGAAAAGAGAUCAUAAUAAUUAUGAUGAAAUAUUUAAGAGCGAAGCAACUUAUUUUUUUAUAGGCUGUAACACACAUUUUAUUAUAUACAACACACACAAUACUUACACAUACACACACACACACACACACACACACACACACAGACACACAGACACACACACUUAAACGCCUAGUGUAUAUAUACAAUACAAUACAUACACAAUUAAACGUAUCGAAGUGAAUUGGUAUAUUGUAAUGUGUAUACAACCAGUUAAUGGAUUUAACUUUUAAUAUUAUCUUUUUUUUUAAUAUAACAAACACUUGUUUAGUGAUUCGUUAAACGCCGUUAAAAUUGAAUGUGUUUCAUAUGAAUAACUUUAAUCUUGUCAUUUAUUUAAUUCUAGUUUUCCAUGUACGUUAUAUGAAAUAUAUAUGUAUAUGUACAUUUUGAACGCUAUUUGCGUUUUCUUUAAACAGCAAACAAACAAACAAAAACAAUAAGCAACAAACAACAAAAGUUCUAAACAACAUUUUCACCGAAUAAUAUGUUUUAAAUCGUAUUUUAUUUGUAGAGCACAGCAGCAACAAAACAACUAAACAAAACAAAAUUGUCGAAACAAUUUAUGCUUAUACUAUUUAAUUAUGUAUAAUUGUUUUUUUUUUUAAUGUCCUGAUUUUUAUUUUAUUUUUUUUCGUUAAUACUACGUGUGAGGCUACACUUUAUAUUUAUAUACAUAUAAACAUAUAUAUAUAUAUAUAUAUAUAUAUAUGUAUAAACCAAGAACUAUAGCUAUAGCUACACCUAUUUGCAUAAGUUUGUGAAACGCUUUUAAUUGUCUUAUGAUUACUUUUAUUUUGUAUCUUUUUUUGUUGUUGUACAACUCUUAAAUAUUGAAAUCUUCAAGCGACACACAUCAUAUUAUGAUUAUGAAUUUCUAUAUACAUUUUCUUUAAUAAGCUAAGUUAAAAACAAACAAAAAGAAAUACAAAAAAAAAAAAAAAUAUGAAGGUAACCUCCUCCCAAAGUUGUCGAAGAAAUGUAAGAGAAAAAAGAAAAUGCAAUUUUUGUGAACAAUUUGGCUGUUGAAAUAUAAUUUUAAUUUAUAUGCGUAAAUACGUUAAUGAUUUUAGUUUACUAUUUGAUUAAGACGACAUCAUAUUAUAUUAUGUACAAUAAUUUUUUAUGGUUUGACGAGCCCCGAAGGCGUCCUCCUCUCCAACAACAACAAAAAACAACAAAAAUACUAUUGUGCUUAGUGAAUUUACUUAGAUUUCUUAUUUUCGUAAACUGUUGACUUUGCAGCUGCAUUACUACAAAAAAAAAAAACAAAAAAACUAAAUAAAAACACAAGAUAUAUGAAUAAACAAGUAUUAAGAAAACACUACAAAAAAAAAAAAACAAAAAACAAAAAAAAAAAGAAUAGCAGAAGCAGAAAAAACAACACAAAUGUGAAAUAUGCCAAAUUUUGUUAACUUUCUUCUUAUUUGCGCCUUACAUAGUCAACAAAAUUCUGUGAGAAAAACAAACAAAAAACAAUUCGAAACUCUUAAAGUUGUUAUAAACGCUUUUGAAACUUAAAAAAUAACAAAAACUUAUUUAAAAAGCGACUUUUUACACUUUGUUUCUAGUUAUUACGGAAAGCCUUCAAAAAGAAGAAAAAAAAAAAGAAAUUGUAAUUCCACACGCUUUUAUUUAUAACAUUUACAAAUUACUUUUUUUUUUUGUCUUUUUUAGUUUGAAGAGGAAGCAAACAGCAAAAACAAAAUAUUUUUGUUUCAAACAAAAUAAAAAUUCUUUAGGUUAAAUUCAGAUACAAAAAGAAAAAACAAAAAAACAAAUACUAAAACUAAAUAAAACAUCCAAAAACAAAUGAUAUUAAGUUAACGGAAACAUGAUUUUUAAUGCAAAAUGAAUCUGUUUCAAGAUAACCAUAGAAAAGGAAGAGAAAGCAAGAGAAAGAAAGAAAGUAAACGUUAACUAAUUGAUUUCCUAUUGCAUACAAAUUUAUGAAAAAAUGUGCUUAAGUUUAAAUCAAAUUUACAAUUUAGUUGAGAUUAUGAACUAAAACUUUUUACAUAACAAUUAUAUAUACAUAUAUAUAUAUAUAUGUAUAAAUAUAUAUAUACCAUUUGUAUGUGUAUAUGUAUAACAUUUAGCUAAAAUAUAUACAUAUAUAAGUUUAGCCAAUGGUAAAGGCGGCAGGGUUGGUCGGCCAUUGGGCGUGGCACUGCACAUUAAACAAAAUCAGCAAAAGAAAAAUGAAAAACGAAAAAAAAAAACAAUUGGAUACUACACGAAACACCACAUGCAAACAUACUUA